UGUUCAUGUAUGUGUCCUCUACUAGUGACCGCGUCUCUAUGUAGAAAUGUAUGGGGGCCCCUGUCAUCCUGACAGGGGUCCGUCAUUGAAUACCCCUUCAGUCAAUAUACCGAAUAAGCUUAUAUCCCUUAUAUCUGACACCUGUUCCUGACUGGAAGGAGCAGUGUGAUCUGAUUGGCCGGUCUUUUACAGGGUAGAACAACCAGAAAGGAAGAAGUGGCCAGAGCUCCCUUCUGUCGGAUAUAACGAUUACCUCCAUAGAGUCACGUUAUCACAACGUACCAUGGUGGUACGAUGAGCACUGCCACCCACGGGUUAAAAGAGGUAGCCAGAAGACAGAGGUUCUCGACAGACAGAAAAAAGACAGACAAUUUUUUGACCAGACUUUAUGUAAUUGACUCAAAUCUGACAGAUACAGUGCAUGUACUACUAUGUCGACCUCGGCGGCUUUACUACUAGGCUCUUUUGGGUUAAUGCUAGCACGCGCAGGAAAGGCUGACAUGCCACGCUUUCUCAAGGGCCUCCCUCCUGCUUUUCGAUUUGGUUUACAUUUGUGUCUUCUAUGGCAUUGCCAUGCUGCCUUAGGGGACCAGCCAAUGACCGGCUGUGGUUGUAGUUAUGGUUGUAAUGGCCGCCACAAUGCCGGUUUCGGGAACGCCUAACCCCGCAGAGCCUGCUUCUAUCGUAGGAUUGAGGCAAUUCUAUGUAUUGGAAAUGGAACGUCGGUCUCUGUUCGACGUUAGGUAUCGACGUUAUGCAUCGCCUACGUCCUGCAGGACGUGGCGGAGGCUAUGCUUUUAUAUUACCAAACUCAGUUUAAGCCGAUUAAGAGUCCAUUCCUGCUGAAUUAUACAUCGUAAAUUAAAUCGAUGCCCCCUCUCAACAAACCCCAGAUGGCUAGCCAGCCCCAAACCCGUAAUGAUUAUACAGUGGGAUAGGUUUGCACGCUACCGAAAAAGCAAAUAGCUACUAUUACUAUAUUGGACUAAAAACAUGCCAACCUACCCAAACCAUCGAACAACCCUAAUACGUAUACUUUAAGGUCCAUUGGUAGCCACAAUAUUAUCAUAACCUACCUCCCUAUUAGUAAAAUCGGCAUUAUCUUUACUGCAACGGUAGCCACCUAUAUAGUUCACGCCUUUCCAUCCGUUAAAUUUAGCUUAAUAGUUAGGAUAAGUAAUGGUAUUCCCCCUAAAGUUAAACUUAACAAUAUUAUCGUUAAUAUCCCG